AUGGCGACGACGACGCUUAAUCCGUCUCCACUCGAGUGGAUCAUGUCUCUACCGGCUUCGUAUCAGGCAAUUGCCUCGCUAUCAGUCGCCUUGCUAUCCCUACUACUUCUAUCUAUCUGGAACUCCGAAAGCACGGACCACGAAAAUUUCAUUGUCCCCCUUCCAUCCCAGUUGGAGGAAGGAUAUGUCGGAGCACAGCUUGUAAAGCCGUCUAUCAAGGCCGACAAUGGGCACAUCCAAUGUUAUUCUCCCGCUACCGGUCGUCUGCUCGAAGUCCAAAAACCCGCCUCCGCACACGAUAUUGACACCGCAAUUGAGAAAGCCGCCGAAGCUCAGAAGGAAUGGGCCCGUACUACUUUCAAGCAGCGACGCAAGGUACUCCGUACUUUGAUGAGGUGGAUUCUAAAAAAUCAGGAUAUUAUCGCUCGGGCCGCAUGUCUGGACUCCGGUAAAACGAAGGUUGACGCGUCUUUGGGAGAGAUUUUGGUCACUGUUGAAAAACUCAAUUGGUUGCUUAAAAGUGGUGAGGCUGCUUUGAAGCCGGAGACACGUGGGGUUCCUUUCUUGAUGAUGUAUAAACGGGCUGAGGUUCGGUAUGAGCCGUUGGGGGUUGUUGCGGCUUGUGUUAGUUGGAAUUAUCCCUUCCAUAAUCUUCUCGGUCCUAUUGUCAGCUCCAUCUUCGCUGGUAACGGAAUUAUCGUCAAAGGUUCAGAAGCUACAGCAUGGAGCAAUUCAUUCUUUGUCGACAUCGUCAAACGGGCUAUCUCAGCUUGUGGGCAUAAUCCGGAUCUUGUAGCUAGCGUCAACUGCUGGCCUGAAGUAGCUGAUCACUUAACUUCCCACCCUGGAAUCUCCCAUAUCACAUUCAUCGGAUCGCGACCUGUCGCCAAGUUAGUCGCAAAAUCGGCCUCGAAGACAUUACCGGCGUUAUGCAUUGAAUUGGGUGGGAAGGAUGCUUCCAUCAUUCUCGACGACGUCAAGGACCUCCACAAGCUCAGCUCUGUUCUUAUCCGCGGUGUAUUCCAGAGUAUGGGUCAGAACUGUAUCGGAAUAGAGCGUAUCAUCGCUCUACCAAAAAUCUACGAUCGUUUAGUCGAUACUUUGGAACCACGUAUCAAGGCACUACGAGUCGGAUCUAUUCUGGACAACCCCAAGGACACUGACGUAGGCGCUGUUAUCUCUGGACUCGGAUUCGACAGACUGGAAAGGAUGAUUAAUGAUGCCGUCAAGCAAGGUGCAAGGCUUCUGGCUGGCGGUCAAAGACUAGUUCACCCCAAAUACCCCCAAGGACAUUACUUUUCCCCAACACUCCUUGUCGAUGUGACCAUGGACAUGGAGAUUGCUAGAGAGGAGGUUUUCGGACCGGUCUGCUUGAUUAUGAAGGCUCAAAAUGUCACUCAUGCUAUACAAAUCGCGAAUUCUACGGAGUACGGACUUGGAGGUUCUGUCUUUGGAAGCAACAAGAUGGAGCUUGCUAGAGUUGCGAAUGAGAUGAGAUGUGGAAUGGUUGCUGUGAACGACUUCGCUGUCUUCUACCUCGCGCAGAUGCCGUUCGGCGGCGUGGGAGGCUCUGGAUACGGUCGGUUUAUGGGCGCGGAAGGUUUACGGUCUGUAUGCAACCUAAAAUCCGUCUGUACCGAUCGGUUUCCCGGAAUUUCGACAAGUAUACCACCGCGUGUGGAUUACCCUAUCAGGGACACGAACAAGGCUUGGGAGUUCUGCAAAGGAUUGGUUGAAUUCUCCGUUGGAACGACAAUGGAUUCAAAGAUUGCAGGUCUCUUGAGGCUAAUUAGCAACUCGUAG